UCCGGAAGAGUGUAACCGGUGACGUGUCCAAGAAAAUACUCGAUUCGUUUUUAUAUAAAUAUAAUUAGAGCAGAAAACCUCAGUGUUUACGUAAUGUCCGUUUUAGGAAUACUCGUAGGUUAUUUUCCCCCAAUAACUGCAAACAUGAAUACCAUUUUUGCAGUACUUCUUGUUUUUUUUGGGUGCUGCAGCAAUGUUGUGUUUCUGGAAACGCUUGUAAGAGAGUUCCCAGGAUGUGGCAACAUUGUGACCUUCGCUCAAUUUGCCUUCAUUGCAUUGGAGGGGUUCAUCUUCGAGACGAACUUUGGAAGAAAGAAACCAGCCAUCCCUAUGAGCAACUAUGUAGUCAUGGUGACCAUGUUCUUCACAGUCAGUGUGAUCAACAACUAUGCUCUCAACUUCAACAUCGCUAUGCCUCUGCACAUGAUCUUCAGAUCUGGAUCGUUAAUAGCUAAUAUGAUCAUGGGUAUAAUAAUUCUGAAGAAAAGGUAUUCAAUGAGUAAAUAUCUCUCCGUAGCGAUGGUGUCUCUGGGCAUCUUCAUAUGCACCAUCAUGUCCGCCAAACAAGUGAAUGUAGGUACUCAGGGCUCAGAUGAUCAAGGUGUAUAUGCCUUCCUGCACUGGCUGAUAGGUAUCGCCAUGUUGACCUUUGCACUGCUCAUGUCUGCGAGAAUGGGCAUUUUCCAGGAGACCCUAUACAAGCAGUAUGGCAAACACUCCAAGGAGGCUCUCUUCUAUAAUCACUGCUUGCCUCUGCCUGGGUUCCUGCUUCUGUCCUCAGACAUCUACAACCACUGUGUCCUCUUCAGUCAAAGCACUCCUGUAGAGGUUCCUGUGAUUGGCCAGGCUGUGCCGGUGUUGUGGUUGUACCUACUGCUGAACGUCAUCACACAAUACGUGUGUAUCCGCGGUGUCUUCAUCCUGACCACAGAGUGUGCCUCUCUCACCGUAACCCUGGUGGUGACUCUGAGGAAGUUCAUCAGCCUCAUCAUCUCCAUCCUCUUCUUCAAGAACCCCUUUACCGCCUGGCACUGGGUGGGCACUGGAGUCGUCUUCCUGGGCACCCUGAUCUACACGGAGGUCUGGACUAGCAUCUGCACGGCGUUAAGAGGAGGUGAAAAGCUGAAGACGAAAAAGACGUAGUAAUAUGCAGUAAAGAAGGCGGAGUGAUACGCAGCACUUUCGUCAAUUCCUUGCAUCCUCUCUCUUUGCCUCCUUCUCAAAACGAAUUGGAGGCCUGAGACCCUCUCCUCCAAUAUGAUUGAGUAGAAGUGAGAGGAUGCAGGAAAUCACAGAAAGACAAAUUGAGAUAGAGCCAACGUCACAAGAGACCUUUGACUGCACUGUUGUGUGUGUAUACGGGACUACAUUUGUUGUGGGUGUGAUUGUACACUCUGGAGCCUGUUUCCCCCCUCGCUCUCUACUGCAGUUGCAGUACGUCUCUAUACUACAUUUUAAGGACAUAACCUUGACAAAACUACCUUGUUGACUGAAUAAGUCAAGGCAAGAUUUUUGCUAAACUGAUUGUAUGCUUUGUUUGUUUUGUUUGUUUGGUGAGCUGUAUUUAUUUAGGUGUUUUGCUAAAUAUGAGUUUUGCUGAGCUGUGAGUGAAAAGUAUGUGUCUAUCAACAUGUAAUUGAACACCAGAAAAAUGAUUAUAGUGGUAUAUGGACAAAACAUAUUACUGUACUCUGAUUAGCAUCAUUUUGAAAUACUAAAUGACAAAAAGUUAGUUCACCACCUCAUCAAUGUUAUAAAAACUGACGUUAGUGAAACACAAAACUUACAAGUAUUAUUUUCAUGUAUUCCUCAGGAGGAUAUUUGUCCUUUCAAAAUAGUACUUGGCAGGUCCAGUAACUUUGUCUUGAAAAACCCCCAAAACCAUGCAAAUGCAUUUUCCUUCACUCCAGAAUCACUGCACCAUUCAUUUUCAACCUACUGAAAUAAAAAGUUCUACCCUAUA